AUCCUUACUGGAAGGCAGCAUGUCCAAUUUUACCUUGAGAAAAACAUCUCCCACAGGAAAUGAUAUGAAGAGUACCACUCAGGGGACUACACUGAAGCAACGGGGUUUUCACAAUGUGAACAAAAGAAGGACUCUUUUACAGGAUAACAGCUGGAUAAAGGAACGUCCUGAAGAAGAAAAGAAAACAAAUGAGAGGGAUGAGCCAAAAGCCACAAUCAGUUGGCACAGAUCUGGUGACACUUUGGACAGGAUCUCAGACAGAAAUGAUGCUGCCAAAACAUAUAAGGCCAAUACCCUGGAUAACCGAGUAACCAAUAGAAACAUGUCCACGUUUCGCUCACCAGAAGAGACAAAGAUGCAACCUGGAGGUUUGUUCAGUGCAAAUGCCACCAACACCCCAGCUUCCAACUCUGCUACUACUCCUGUAAAGAAAAAGAGACAGUCCUGGUUUCCACCGCCCCCUCCAGGUUAUAAGGCCGCCCCAAGCACAGGAGCGAGCACAAGGGAACCAACUGUUCACCCUCCAAUACCUCCAAAGCCCAGUUCUCCUGUUUCAUCUCCUAACCAGCUGAGGCGGGAUAACAGGCAGAUAUGUCCACCUAAACCAAGUGCAUAUACAGAAACCAGCAGAUCUGCUGAAAGAAAUAUAAGGGGUCAGGAUCUUGAAAACAUCGUCAAAGUGGCCACUUCAUUUCAGAAAGCUGACAAGGGUGAAGACUUAGAUAAUCUCAACAAAAUGAACAAAAGCUUGAAUAGACCCAAAAGCCUUGAAAAUCUCAUUGUUGUGAAUACCCAGACAGACAAAGAUGGCAAAGGAGGUGAAGACCUUGAUAAUGUUAUCAAAGUGAAUCCCAAAGAAAGUGAAAACACCACUGGGAAAGAAGACCUCAAUGGGCUUAUUAAAGAGAAUCCUGAAACAAAUAAAAAUAUCAAGGGGGGCCAGAGCCUUGACAAUCUCAUCAAAGUGACCCCUGAAGUGAACAGAAGUAACCCAGGGGGCCAAAGUCUUGACAAUCUCAUCAAAGUGGCUCCAGAAAUAAACAGAACUAACCAAGGGAACCAGGAUCUGAACCAUCUUAUCAAAGUGACUCCCUCAGCAAAAAAAAGCAGUGAACAAGAUCUUGAUGAACUUAUUAACGUAAGCCCCAAAGCUGUCAAAAACACAGCCGGAAAUCAAGAUCUUGAUAAGCUCAUCAAAGUGAAUCCUGAAACUCUCUCCAACAACCAAAGAAACCGGGAUCUCAAUAACCUCAUCAAAGUGAAUCCUGAAGUAAUCAGAAGCAAUCAAAGCCAAGCUUUGGACAAUCUUAUUGAAGUGAAACCUUCACCUCUCAGAAAUACUAAGCGAGACCAGGACCUAGAAAAUUUAAUUGAAGUAAAUUCCAAUAUGUCUAAGAGUAAAAAUGAAAGGCAAGAUGGCCAAGUUAGUGGGUCUACUGAGGCUUUAAUCAGCCCAUCUUCUAGAACCACUGCCUACUCUUACGAAGCACAGAAGACGCUCAGCUCCAAUGCUGAAACCAGGCAUGCAGGACCAAAGGAUACUGUUGUGUACACAAGGACGUAUGCGGAGAAUAGUAAAUCACCAAAGGAUAGAUAUCAGGAGAGUAUCUCUGGAAAAUACAUACAAACCAUUUAUUCGACUUCAGAUAGGUCUGUCAUUGAAAUGGAUAGGUGCACUUACUGUCGAAAACCCUUGGGCACAGAAGCUAAGAUGAUUUUAAAUGAAUUACAAAUUUGCUGCCAUUCCACUUGCUUCAAGUGUGAAAUAUGCAAACAACCUUUGGAAAACCUACAAGCCGGUGACAGUGUUUGGAUUUAUAAACAGACAAUACAUUGUGAAUCUUGCUACUCUCAAGUUGUAGCAAAGUGGAUUCAGUAAUUCUGGCACAUGAAAACCAAGAUGAAAGCAUUCACUAAGGAGUUAAAAUUUUUGUUGUAAGAACAUAUAAUCUAGAAAAGCUUUUACACCAAAGAUUGACUCUGGUAUAGAAUUAACAACUCUGCUAUUGCAUAAAUAAUCUAAUUGCCUCCACUAAGGUCACAUACAUAAAGGGAACCAUCUGGUAUCUGGUUAGAUUUAGAGAUCAAAAAUUCAAGUGGUUCUAGCACCCAGUGUCAAAGGAAGCACGCUUCUGAUGGCAGUGAGCAUUGCCAGCCUUCACCAGGUCCAUCUCUGCUCAGUAUUAGGCUGUGUGUCACGGUUUCCAUUAUAGACAAAUUUACCAUCUUCUCACCUUUGUUUCCCUAAGAAUUUGGAUUUACAGACGUUAUUGAAGUCUUGAUAAAACUGUCAUGGGAGCAAGAUAUGUUUCAUUUAUGUACAAAAGUAAUGUUGAUAGAAAUUUUGGCAGAAAGAUAAAGUUUGGCAGAAAGAUGUUAACGUAUAAAGUUGUAUGGACCUCAGAAAAUCACUUAAACCUUUCAGAUUUCUGUGCUAUUAUCUGUAACAUGAGGGCCAGUGGACAAAAUGAUUUCUAAGGUCGCUUUCUGCUCCAAAAUUAUCAGAUUCUAAAGCAAGUUUUUGUUUGCUCUUUAGAAACAUACCUGAAUCUGUGUUUGUUAGGCCUAUUGAACUAGAUAGGAUAUCUGAACAAUUUAACCUUGGUAUCAUCCUUCAGUUUAUCACUGAUACAAGUUUUAUAGAAUGUGUUUUAAAAACAGAAAGACCUGCAUUUAUGGGUAAUGGGUAAAAUCAUAUGACAUGGUGUUUAUGUAAUUUGUCAGGUUUUCUUUGCAUGCAUUUCAAAAUCUGGGUUCGUAAAUGAUCUAUGAGAAAUAAUGAAAGUUAUGGACUACAAAGACAUGUUCUUUCGCAUGCUAUAUCUAUCCCUAUUACAUAGCACUUUAUAUUUACAGAUGGCUUAUAAAAAUAAAUGAACUGUCAGUUAUACAGAAUCUUCUUGUACAGUGUCUAUAAAUAUUACUCACUGACAUUGAUAUGUCAGUUAUAUGAUCAUAAUUCAUUAUAUUCUGUGCCAUGCUGCUUAAAGUAAUUUUUUAACUGCUCAAUCUAUAACUUUGAUUUUUAAAGAGCUUUUUCUUAAGGAAUUGAAAAUUCAGUAAUCUUGUGAGGAACUAUUAUUAUUAUUAAAAUUGAGACAUUGCACUUAUAAACUACUUUAUAUGCACAUAGCAAUUGCUUCUCAAAGGAAAGCAUAUGGAACAUUGAGAGAGGGUGGAAUUCUAAGGGAGUUUAAGGCAGUUGUAAAAAACUGACAAACUAGGGAGAUUAAAAGAUAAUCAUGUAUUUUCUAAAUGUUGAUAAAUGUAGAGUUAUUCUUCUGUAUAAUGAUUUCAAGCAUCUGUUCCUCUUAGACACUGGUCCACAAAGUGUUAAACACUAAUGCUUAUUAAAAUACAGAAAUGUGUAAUCAUUGUCCUAUGGAGAGGGAGCCAGAAAAAACAAUUAAUAAUAAUUUGAUAUUCAUUAAUUCAUGCUUGAUGAGAAGCGGUGGUAAUUGAGCCAUAUGUUUUAUUGUUCUCUUAUUACAUGCUAUCAGACUGGAUCAAAAGAAAUAAUUUUCUUAGAGUUGGAAUUUGUGGCAGGAAAGGACGAAUGAAAUAGUAUCCCUCUCUUUUAUAUAAAGUAUAUUAACAUCUCAAUGCCUUUGUGGUAAUUAAAAAUCAUUUGAAUAUCAUUUUUAAAGGAUUCUACUGUUGAAUGCUUAAUUUAAAAAAAAACCUAAAAGGAACGUAAUUCUCACUUUUCUGUAGCUGUUUAAUGGACCCUUUCUUCUACAAUAAUGUAUUAAAUUAAACCAAAAGCUGUUGUAAAAAUGGAAUAAAUACAGAGUGGAGAGAGAAGGGCUUCUGAUUUACCAAGUCCGCCUCAUCAUGUCUGGGAUUACUUGCACCAUAGGAAUGACAGAUUCCUAAAACAGUUCGUAAGAUCUCAUUUUUUCUUUUUUUGCAGCUAACUAAUUAUGCUAUGAUUGGCAUACUUUUCCUGGACACAACUGCCUAAAUCUCAGAAUACCAGGCCCUGAAUUCUAUUACAAAUGAAGAGAUGUCUCUAAAAAAUAAUUAAUCGCUCCACUAUGAGAGUAUCCUUCCAAAAAGCAAAACAAAGAUAUAUCUAGUAAUCUUGGAAAUAGAAUUUGUUAAAAACCUUUUUUCUUUUACUAAGGCCAAGAAAUAAAAAUUUAUUCAAGAAGUAAUCUAUGCAUCCUUAAUUGUUUGAUUGCAAUCACUCCUAUAAUUAGAUAGGAGUGAUGAGACAGUCCAGUUCUCACUGCUGGGGCAUUCUCUGACUUGUUUAUUAUGGUAGAAAAUCAUGAGUGUUUGGAACAUUUUCCUAUUCAGCUUGAUUCAGAGCUCUACCAAAACAAGUGACCGUUUGGUCUACGUAGAGGCAAACUUACCAUGAUGAUGUUGAUUUUUUUGUUGUUGUAGUUGUUACUACUGAAUAUACUGGUUAUUUGGUACAAUGUAAAUAAAUUGUUUUUAGCAUUCCACCUAUUCCAUAGCACUCAGCAGUUCCCAGAGGCACCCAUAAAUAUCUGUAUUAACUUGGAUAGGCCAUUUCCCUCAUGGGUCAAUUUCCUGCUCCUUAAAAUGUGGGAUUGAGAACAUUGGUUUGCUAUUGUACCCACCAGUGCAAACACUGCAAGAAUCUAUGAAUCUAUUCCUGCUGCUUACCCCAUUCUUAGAUUAUCUCUUUUGUUAGAUGCCUAAGAGUUGGUGAAUGUUUUGAAUGUGCUGCAGAAUUGCAUGUUAACUUUGUCACAACACAAAUUGAAUUCUGGAUCUUGUUUACUGGAUCUUUGUCCUGCCAUUUGAGACGUAUGGCUUCUGAGAUAGUACUGAAAUGUUCAGAUGUCUCCUGAGUUAGGUAAUAGUUUCCGUUUUUUCACUAGAAGAGAGGAAACUGAUCAUUAUCAUUGCCUUGUAAAUGUCAUCUGGGAAAGAUAUUUUAACUUCAUUGCCUCUUUGAAACAUUCUUCUCAUUAAUACAUUGAAAUGCCCAAUCAUUCUAGACUCUGCAGGAAAAAAUGCAUUGUUCAUAAUCUACUGUCACUCAUUCAUUCACUCAUUCAUUUGUUCUGUUAUACAAUAAUUUAAAAAUCUUCAUUGAGAAACUGUGUUCCAGAUCUAAGUGAUAACAAAAAUAACCAAGGCUCCUGCCCUCAUGGAACUUAAAUUCUAAAGGAAGGGUGGAGGCACAGUUUGAAAGACAAAAAAUAAAUAAACACAAUAAUUUCUGAAAGUAAAUAAGACCAAGAAGGAAAUAACAUGCAGCGACUAGGUCAAGGGGUAGUAUUUAAAAAUAAUGUUGUCAGAUGAUAUUUCAAAUAAGAGCUGAAUGAUGAGAAGGAACCAGGCUGGGGAAAAGCACUCCAGGAGGAGACGUUUUAGGAUCAGCCAAAAUCAGACCACUUUCUGGGCUAAAUGUGUCCGUGCUUCUCUUAAACACGAGAUAGAAGUUCACAGAUGCCAAGAGACAGAGAAUAGUCAAAGCAUUUUUAAGCUUCCUCUAUUCCUCACGCAAAACAAUAUUCAGAUAUUACCUAGAUAGCUUUCAGCUCUCUGCCAACGGGUGGGUUACAGCAAAUGGCUACUUUGUCCUGGUCCUCAGGCUGAAGUUGCUCACUUGGAUAAAGGAGUGACUUUGUCAAAGGUUGUUCUGAACCAGCGUUCACCUGAAGUAGAAACAAUGGGCCAGGCAUGACGUUUCCUCACCUCAUUUGAGGCAGCACUCAGGAUCAAAUUCCUUUCUGUUUUCCAAAUAGAAACAGUAAACAAUUAGGCAGCAUAAUUUCAGAUCUAGAAGAGACUUCCCACAGGAAUUUUAUGAAUGUUACAUGUUCUUGUCUUUGUUGCAAUAUGAAUAAUGUAUCUGGUGGAAAGGCACAUUUAGAUAUUGAUAUAACUUUCUUGACAGGCACAAUUUGUUAAUUUUAUCUCCUUUCCCAGGAGAAAAGGAAAGAUCAUGAACUUCAAGGACCCUUCAGGCCCAUAAAGGCAAACUGGAUUGAAAGUCUCCCACAAGAAAGUGUUUAGUCCCUAAGGCAAGUGCAGCUUUGAUGUGAUUUAAAGAGAUCACAGAAAGAUUGCCAGGAGACUGGAAUUAGUGAACACAAAGAAAUGAGGUUAAAGAAGCAGGCAAGAUACAGGCCAUGGUUGUUUCAUAAUGGAUUAUUAAAAAUAUAGAUUAUCAAAUGAAUGGUGGCAUUUCAUAAAAUUCAUUUAUGCCUUUUAAAUUUGUGUCAUUAAAAUAUUAUUGACUACUGUUGGUUUCAUGAACAGAUUAAAAUUAUUUUGAGACAAA